GAAGGAAGGAGGUGUUGGUUGUGGUUUCAGAUUCCUGUGACUGUAAAAUACAGGCUCCCUGGAAUUUGAUACGUAAUGCAAUUAAACUGUUGUUGGAUUUAUAGUUACAUGUGCAUUUCCUGCUGUGACAAGUCCAAGUGUCUGCUGUUUAAUAACAUAGGUCUACUGUUUCCUUAGGGUGGAAAGGAGGAUUAAGUGUUUUGGAGAUACCAGGAACUACAAGUCAUUUAUAGUUGAUACAAGGAGUUAAGAGUAAGGAAACAGCAACAUGGAGAAACCCCCGCCGACCUCUGAGGAGUCGCUUUCUCAUGGGACGUAAAACGUUUUUUCUCAGUGCAUCAGAGACACAGGCGGGCAGACAGGAAGAGGACGUUAUGGACUGACUGAGCACAUGUGAACGGAUGAGUCACGUAUGAGUGAUAGAUGAUGUAACAGCGUCUGGGACGCUCCUCUUUCACACCAUGGAGAUGAUUGCUGCAGCAGAGAGGGGGAAAGUGCUUUUUUAGACGCUUGUGACCUUCAUAUAUUUAUUUUGCCAAUGACAAAACAAUCGCAGGCGGUGGAGAGGCAAUGACCUAAUUCAGAUUAAAUGACCUCAUACCGAUAAGUAGUCCGCCUCCUCGCCGGGUGAUGGAACAUAAUCACAAAUGGACUCUUAUCAUAGAUGCUGGAGAGUGUGAGGUUACUUGAUAUUCUCCGUGUGGAUGUGUGUGUGGGUUUGUGUGUGGUGAGGUUUGAUGCUACAUACAGCUAUGUUGCGGCGUGGACUUCUAACCUGGGUCUCCCGUGUUGGGGGUGCGCUGGUGCUCCUCUGCUGCUCCCUGUCACUGCUCUACGUGAUGACCUGCAGCCCCCCACACUCCGAUGACCCGCCACUGAGUCAUGCGUUACCCCGCGCUGGAUCAAAUCACCCCAGCCUGGGGGGCACAGGACCGGGAGUGGGAGUGGGGGCCGGUGGGACAGGAGGAGCCGGAGUGGGGCCUGCUCAAAGCGGAGGAUCAGCGAGUGUCCAGUCGUACCAGGUGCUCCUCCAAGAGCGUGAGGAGCAGCACCGACACCACAUCUCCUCCCUGAAGAAAGAGAUUGCACAGCUGAAGGAGGCUUUGCAGGAGCGCAGCCAGCAGCUGAAAGGAGUGCAGGAGAGCCUGAAGAGAGGAGGCCCCGCAGAGGGACCGGAAACUGGGGUCGGCUCCCAGGGAGGCGGCCUCGGAGAGACUCAAGGAGCCAAGAGCCAGCAGGCCGAUCUCCAGGACUUCCUGAGGAGCCAGCUCUCAAAGGCUGAGGUGACUGCCGGCAUCCGGCUGCCCAGCGAGUAUGCGGUGGUGCCAUUUGAGAGUUUCACGCUGCAGAGGGUGUACCAGCUGGAGAUGGGCCUGACACGUCACCCUGAGGAGAAGCCGGUGAGGAAGGACAAGAGGGAGGAGCUGGGGGACGUGCUGGAGACGGCCCUGCACAGCCUCAACGCACCCCCAUCCCAGGACGCCCGGGGUGCAGCAGAGAAGACGCAAAGUAGCAAAGUUUACGCACCGUCCGACUUCAUAGAAGGUAUCACUCGCACGGAGAGGGACAAAGGGACGCUGUACGAGCUGACCUUCAGAGGGGAGUCGAGUAAUGAAUUCAGACGCCUGGUCCUGUUCCGUCCCUUUGGACCGCUGAUGAAAGUGAAAAACGAGAGGGUGGACACAUCAAACGUCCCCAUCAACAUCGUCGUCCCGCUGUCCCGGCGCACAGACAAGUUCAAACAGUUCAUGCAGAACUUCAGGGAGGUGUGUGUGCGGCAGGACGGCCGAGUCCAUCUGACGGUGGUGUAUUUUGGGAAGGAGCAGAUGAGCGAAGUCCGCAGCACUCUGGAGAACACGUCCAGGGAGGUGAACUUUAAGAACUUCACUCUGCUGCAGCUGGACGAGGAGUUUUCUCGGGGUCGAGGUCUGGACGUCGGGGCGCGGGCCUGGAAGGGAGGCAACGUGCUGCUCUUCUUCUGCGACGUGGACAUCUACUUCACCGCCGACUUCCUCAACAGCUGCCGACUCAACACACAACCCGGUAAAAAGGUUUUCUACCCAGUGUUAUUCAGCCAGUACAACCCCACUCUGAUCUAUGGAAGCCCUGAACACGUCCCAACUGUGGAGCAGCAGCUGGUGAUCAAGAAGGACACGGGGUUCUGGAGGGAUUUCGGCUUCGGCAUGACCUGCCAGUACCGCUCCGACUUCAUUAACAUAGGAGGCUUUGACAUCGACAUCAAAGGCUGGGGAGGUGAGGACGUCCACCUCUACAGGAAGUACCUCCACAGCAACCUCCUGGUGGUGCGGGCGCCGUCCCGGGGCCUGUUCCACCUGUGGCACGAGAAGCAGUGUGCCGAUGAGCUCCCGCCGGACCAGUACCGCAUGUGCAUGCAGUCCAAGGCCAUGAACGAGGCCUCGCACGGCCAGCUGGGGAUGCUGUUCUUCAGGCAGGAGAUCGAGGCCCACCUCCGCAAACAGAAGCAGCAGCAGCAGAACUCCAACCCCAAGAAGACAUGAAGACUCACAAGUGGUGGAGUUAGAAUCACUGCAAUGACGGCAAUCGGUUGGAAGUGAGGAAACAAAUAGCUGACAUGAACUACGUACGAUUUUAAAGGAGUAGUUCAACUGUUUUCAAGGGAUUACGCUUAUUUGCUUUCUUUUCAAAGAUUUCACUCUCAUCUGUGUACACAAAAUAUGGAGCUGGAGUCAGCAGGUGACUAGCUUAGCUUAGCAUAAAGACUGGAAAUAGAGGGACACAGCUAGCUGGCCCGGUCUAACGAUGAAAUAACCUUCGUAUUAAGGACGAUUUCAAGUUAAAGUAUCUCUAGCACAUUUCGUGAAGACGUUUCACCGGGUUUCUUCAGUUCCAACUGACUAAUGGGAGUCCCAGGUAUUUACCUUGUCGGGUUGUUAGGAGUCCUUGAGGUUACCUGACAGGCUGGACUCGCCCUGCUGAUGGUUUUGUUGGGAGUCGUCUGCAAGUCGUUGAGAGUCGUUGACCCACCCGCCCCCUGUGAGACAUGUGUCCUAAGGUGUGAAUUGUGGUGAAACUUCCUGGGAAUGGAAGUCAAGACUCUGUUGUAUAUGGCUACUGUACUACCACAGUCUUACACCUCCUCUGUUCAGAGACAGUUUCUCUAGUUUGACGUAAAUGGCUUCCUUCACUCCUCUUUCAAACUGCCCUGGACAAAAUGUGGACAUGGUUGUCUUCAAAUGAAUGUCCGCUGUCCCUUAGAUGUAGGUACACUACUGAGUCCUGACCUGAGGAGCUGGCUCUCCUGUGCUGUGCCAUGCGUUUGUGAAGGGGCUUUGAGUUUCCCCAGUGUACAGGUCUGUGCAUUCCUCACUACAUUCAACUGCAUGCACUACAUUGCUCUGCUCAUGUCUGGGUGUUUUGUCUUUGGACCAGUUUCUGCCUCAGUGUGUUGGUGGGCUUGAAAUGUUCUGGGAUGUGGUGUUUGUUGAAAAUCCUCCUUCAGAUACUCCAGCAACAUAAGGGAUCACAACGUGGUGAUAUUAUAUAAAUAAAUGGCCCGUCUGUUAUACAGUUAUACAAUAUAUCACAUAUACAUUAUUCAUUUGCAUUAUUUUUAAGCAACAUUAUAUUGCUAAAUUGGUUUCAGAUGGAAGAAAUUUUACAUUUAACAACUUUAUAAAACGCUAAAAAUAUUUCCUUUAAAUUUAAAUAGUGUUCUUCUUCAUGGAUCAGUCAAUAGGUGGCAAAUGAUUUUCUGUAAUUUGGCCGAUUCCUUACCUGACUGAAUUAUUUCAGCUUUACCUGUGUACUUUGUUGUGUGCUGCAGUUUAAUCAAUCAACAAAACAUGUUUAAAAGCAUCAUCAUAAAUAUGUAAAGUAUUCAAAAAGUCCAAUCUGUACCUGUUAUCUGUAUAACAGGUUAAUGAGGAUCUUUCUGAGUAUCUGUUACUCAUAAAGCUGUUAAUUCAUGCAUUUUCUCUUUGAAAUGUAGUGGAGUGGAGGUAUAAGUGGCAUAAAGGAAAAUACUGAGGUAUACUACAUGUACACAAGUUUUAAUAAGUAGAGUACACAGUAAUUGAGUAAAUAAGCUUAGUUACAUUCCAUCUCUGCAAGUUAAAAGGCCGCUCGCUUUAUCUUCACAUUUUGUGUCCAGGCCUGAGUGAAGAAUCACUCAACGAGCAAAACUUUCUCAAAGAGUGAGAAUAAGUAUAUUUACCAAAAUAUCAAACUAUUCCCUAAAUGAAAAAUGUGAAGACUUUUGAACGGAUGGAGAUCAUGUUGCUCUGUUGUAGCUGUGGAUGGGCAAUGUGACGGCACUAGUGGGCUCAAUAACAGUGAGAGAGCCAUUAAUCAACAGCUUCUAUUAACAUCUAAACUACUGCAGUACUCUGAUCUUGUCCGAUCAGCCAUCUGUACUUUCAUCUGCGUUUGUGUUUUCCUGUGUAACUGCAGCAGGUGUUUUCAGAGAGAAAACACAGGGCCUGAACUUUGAGCUGGAACAUUUCUGAACCAUGUGCCUUGUGUAGAGAAAAAACCUGAACACUGUCUCGUCAAUACAGGUUUUUAUAUGUAGGGAAAGAGAACCACCUAGUGGACUGAAUAUGAAAAUGAAUAGCAUGUAGGUUAAACAAUGAAGGACUUCUUCAAAGCCUGCAAUGGCCUUGUAAAGCUUUUUAUAAAUUAUUGAUCAGUUAUUUCUAUUUAUGUUUGUUAUUAUCUUGUGUAUGUCACCAUUUAUACGAUUCCGUUUGUCUCAUUUCAAAUGCAGUAUUGUGUGUAUGUGCCAUUCAUCUUUUUUAAUUAGGUGAGAGUUGGAGUUAAAGUUAAAGGAAAACAUGCCAUAAAUUGCAUUAUCUCUAGGUAUUUGUCCGUAAAAUGACUUUUUUCUCUAAAGCCUACUGAGUAUAAGGUGUAUGUGUGUAUGUGAGUGCCCUUAAUAUUAUUACACAUGACCUAGUUGUGUUUUUGUCACAUAAUUAACUAGUGCACACGUAAUGGAUGGAUAAAGGACGAAUAAAGGACUGACAGUAAUACUGAUCACUGUCAUGAUGCUGACGGCGACUUAACAAGUCAGAGUGAGACUUUUGAGUGUCAUGUUUUUGUUUCUCAUUUCAUAAGUAAAGUCUAGAGUGCAAUAAUGAAAGAGAAAAUGUGAUGUUUUAUGUAUUGCCACCAAACUUCAGCUGCCUCGUGGCGGCUUAUAUUUAAUUAGUUUUAUUAUACUCACACAUAAUUAAAUCGCCAGCACUUCUGAAAUCAAAACAAUCAUGUAACAAUGUAUUUUUGGUGUUUGACCAAAGAUGUGAAAAAGGCACUUUUUUGGUUUUAUUGAAACAUUCCUUGUAAUAAUACAUCAAAAACCUUGACAUGUCAAUGUUAUCUUUUUCAUUUAAUGUAAAUUAGUUGAAUAAAAUAUUUGUGUAUUGUA